ACCGCGUUGGGUAAGGAGUACGUGAAACGUUACUAUGCUAGCAUAAUUAUACGACUUCCCCCCCGUUGUAAACACAAUGUAAUGCCAUACGAUUAACGAUGCCUGUUUGACACAGAGAUGAGCGGUGAGAACGUGAAGUUGUUUGUCGGGAACCUUCCUUUAGAUGCAACUCACGACGAGUUAACGAAGCUCUUUUCUCCAUAUGGAGAGAUCAACACCUGCUCUUUGCUCAGACAGUAUGCCUUCGUCACUCUGAAGGGAGAGGGGGCAGCAGACAGGGCCAUACGACAUCUUGAUGGCAAAGAGUACAGAGGCAGGCCCUUGGUGGUUGAGGAGUCACGUGCACGCCCACCCAACUCCACUAAAGUGUUUGUGGGGAACCUCGCCGCAACAUGUUCAGCAGAUGACCUGCACGGGUUGUUCUCAACCUUUGGAAGAGUUUUAGACUGUGACAAAGUCAAAGCCAGAUUAUGCUCAAAUGUUGGUUAUGCAUUUGUGCAUAUGGAGAGGAAGGAGGAGGCCCUGGUAGCUAUUGACGCACUCAACGGGACCAUGUAUAAGGGCCGUCAGUUGGCUGUAGAGCUGUCCAAAGCCCAACCUUUGAUCAACCAGAUUGCAAUGGCUGGAAAUUCAAACAACCCAGGUGGCAGGGAAGGUCUUCUUCCGCGACCACCUCCAUCAUUAGAGCACCAUCAGAGUCAAGCAGCUGUGCUAGCAGCAGCUGCAGCCGCUGCGGCUGGACUACCAAUACAAGUUCAACAAAGUGUCCAUAAUUCAUUCUACAACACCACAUCCUUUGACCCCACCUAUGCUGCUUUGAAGGGCAUUACAAGUGCUAAAGGUGCAGAUGGGGUGAUAUACGGUGCUCUAGCCAGCCAGGUGUAUGGAUCUGUUGCUGACCAGGUGUAUCAAGAUAUGGCCAAUCACAAUCCUGCAACUGUUGCCACUGUUGAAGAAUCAGAGUCACAAACUGGACCAGAUCCAACAACGCUUUUCGAGGCAGCAAGAGCAAAGUUCUUUCAGGAGGGACAGAAGGUUCUGGCAGAGCAGCAGUCGGGGAGAAAAGCAGCAUCUGCAGACAGUGAGCGAGAUCGCAGCCCAAUCAGAGGAAAUCGAACCCCCCUCCUCCCCGACCCCGUUCCAGGAUCCUUUGGUCAGAUCCGACCUAAGCGCCGUGCCCUACUGCCCACGCCACCUGGAGGACCUGAAGAGACCCCAGCAGCCACCAACACACCUGAAGGGUCAGAUCCUGUUGCUAGGUCUUACACAGAGUACUACCAACAAAUGCAUCAAUACCAACAGUAUCAACAGUACCAGCAGCAGCAGUACCAGUACCUCCAGUAUGCCUACACCAAUCCCCCUCCUCCUCCUCCGCCUCCACCAGCCACCACACAGGCACAGGCCUCCACCACAGCACCUCCAGGGACGUACACGGCACCCCCAACGUAUGCAGCACCGGGAGCCUACGCACCGCCAGGAACAUAUGACACUUCAGGAAGUUACCACGCCUCAUCAGGGAGCUACAGUGCUUCAUCUGGAAACUACGAUGCCUCGUCAGGAAGCUAUGAUUCAUCUGGAGGCUAUGGGGCACCGGGAGCAUAUGAUUCAUCGGGAGCUUACGCAUCAGCGGGAGGCUACUCCGCAUCCACACCGUAUGAGCAGACAGCCGCACACGGGCAACCCAUGCCCCAGCGCCAUGAUUACCCUUACCACACGCCAGAACCCCCUUAUCGAUAGUCCCACCCCCACACACUCCUUCCACACUGCAGAUGUGUGUGUGUGUGUGUGCGUGUGCGUGUGUGUGUGUGUGUGUGUGUGUGCGCGCGCAUGUGUGUGCAUGUGUAUUUACAUAAGGGACAGUGUAAACCAGAGAGGGAGCAAGGUUGUAAUUCGAAUGUAAUUCAAAUCGGAAGCAUUUCCCCUUUUCUCCAUCCUAACCUAGUUUCUAACUAGCUCGCCUGUCAGUUGAUACCUGUGGCUUAGUGGGACAGCUAAGUUUGUAAUAUUGUCAAGCGUUCAGUUUCUGUUCGAUGGUGUGAGGCACAGCUGGUUCCCCGUUGGCUGUUAAGAAAGUUAAUUGUUUUUUGGAAAAAAGUUGUACUCAGGCCAGAGUAGGAUAUCAUAGGAGGGGCUUUUGUUUGUACUCAAUCAAGGCCUUUUAUAUACUCUACAUAAACAUGUGCACAAAAUUCCUGAGAAACCUUUUAUAGGAAAAUAAGUCUAAAUUGAUGCAUCAUCACACAUUUCAUUUACGGCACAAAAUGUAAUACACUGAUUAAUUACUAAAUAACAAUAAAAACACACUUUGAUUAUAUAAACGGAUAAACUUGCAAAAAGAAAAUUAUCAACCUGCCUUUCUGGCCUCUUUACGAGAUGCAUUAGGCUUGCAGCCUUCUUUUUAAAAACAAAAAUUUCAGAAGUCCACAGGUAUGAUAACUAUUUUAAAAUCUAAAUCCAAACCCACACGCUAGUGUUGUAGGAACAACCUGUGUGGAGUAUGUAACAGGCCUCCGUUUGAAUUCAGCUGCAUUGACCCUUUUAUAACGUCCAGACAUUCAACGGCCCGAUUGGUAAUACAUGUCGACUACUCGAGAAGGCAGGCGCAGUGAAAUGGAGCAGUGCUUCAGCGAGGUUUGUGUUGCCUUUACUGAAGAACCUUCUUUUUGUAAAGAUCGAGUGUUUGUGACUUGACCGGCUUGUCUUGAGUUCCAGGCUGGUUUCACUGAAUGACUCACUCAAAGUGAUAUGUAUAAUUUUUGUCCUCUAUUUUGGGUCAUGGACAUUUUUGAUAUGGCAAAUUAAAUAGACAGAUAAUCGCAAAAAGCAACUUCUUGUGUGAAGAAUCAUUACAGUAAAUUUGUAGUCACACCGGCCUUUACACAGGAUAUUGCCAAUCUGAUUAUGCAUACGUUAAGUUUCAUAGUCACAAGGGAUAGCCAGGUGACUCAGAUAAAAGGAUGAAAAUAUAUUGGGAUAAAACCUUUUCAGAGAUUAAAUUAUAGUCUGUGACUUGGAUGUUUUCUUAGAGCGGUUUUCCUUGAUUUACCUUUCUUGAGUUUUCUUGCUUAGCCCGGGCUCUGUAUUUUUCGAGGUAUACACAAACUCAGGAGUUAAAUAUAUCCUGUUAAGAGUUUUGUUCCAGUUGGUGUUUGCCUCUACAACAUUAUAUCAGAAUCAUUAAGUAAUUUGUCGUCUUUCAAAUGUCUUUCUUUCUUUGGCAUUGAACCGUUGUGGCACGUGGGUGGAUGAACUUAACAUGCUGCAAAAUCAGACAUUUUAAUUCGAUUUUUGAAGUGCAGUUCUAAAAUAAAUGGGAGCUAGCAGUGUUUCACCAUUUGAGCUGAGAGCAGGUACAAGUGUGUUUCUUUUUUCUAAAAGCUGUGCUGUGGCGUGUCGCUGAUGUGCAUAGCGUAGGGUUAUUGACUGAGUGCAUAUGAGGUGACAGUCUUGGUGCUGCAGGUGAAUAUGAGGGUUGUUUUGGAUUUAGUAAAGGCUGCUGAUUUUUCCGAGUAGCCGUGAGAAGGGCUGAUGCCCUUUCCCUCUUCUGAUCUCUCCAGAGUCACACACCUCUUUUUGACACACGGAUUACAGGCUUCCUCUGCAUUCAUACCACACCUCGACAUCGCCACACUUAUCUAGAUGUUUUUUUAACUGGGUUCAUUGCAUUUCACUCGUGUAAAGCAGGCUACACGUGCAAAUGAUACUAAUGCACACCUAAUUCCAUCAGUAUUGUAUGACUUACAGUAGUAGUUCAGUUCGUGAUUGUACCACACCCAAGUUACUCAUCUUAUUCCUAAUUUGCCACCUGAGUUGGUAGUGCUGUGUUAGGUUUAAGUAACACAUAGGCUCUCUAAAUUUCCACAUUAUUCCACCUUCUCCAUUUGAACUGUUAGUUGCAUGCCUUGUUGUUGCUGCUGCUCCAGCCACCUUCUUCCUCUUGCUGAUUAUUGCAGCUAGAGUGGGAGGGAGCCAAACUGAGCCCUUGCCCUGGACGUACGCCACAAGCAGCUGUAGCGUGGGAUGGGGAAAACAGCAGCGUUAGGCCUGAAACUGCUGUGGACGAUGGGGUGUCCCCCCACUAAGGUAAACACUCAGACCACACACUCCUGCCCCUCCCUGAAAACACCCAUACGCACUCUCAAACACAAUCAUACAUGCACUUAAAUCCAUCUAUUCCUCUCCUGUUUUCAGGGAGUUUUGUGUCAGGAUUUCAGAUUUCUGGAAAUUAAUCUCACAUCCUUUUUUGAGGGGAGAUGAACUUUUUCCUGCUUUUGAUUUUUCCUGGUCAUAUCCCUGCAUUUUCCUCCCCAAACAUACUCUGCUCAUACAUUCCUGCUCCCAAUAUACUGACCGCUCACACACCAGAUGCAGACACGCAUAUCGUCUUUUAGUCUAAAUCUGAAGCAGGCACGUUGUUAGUUUACCUGUAUCUUAACGGCCUGCCACUCAAAGAGUACCAGGCAAUUACAGCUGGAGCUGGACGUGGAACAUUUAGGUAGGAUGGGUUAUGUUAGUUUAUGUAAAUGUGCCCUCGGGACCACUUUGGGAUAAAGUGCCUUGCGUAAGAGCACAUCGGUAGGCCCUUCAUUUCAGAGUUGAAUAACCUGGCUCAGGAUCGGUUGCUGAUUCAACGCUCGACUCCCCUUCUCCCCCCAAACAACGAUUUUUGAUGCCACAUUCAACUUGUAUGAAUGACAAUGAACACAAUUAUUAUCAUUUUGUUUUAAAUUACAUUUUGUCCUAUGUUCUUUGAAAUGUUUAAUUAUCAAUAAAUACAUUUGAAUUGAA